GAUUGGUCCUAAGGAAAAGUCACACCCCAGUCGCCUUUUAGGGCCUUUUCUCAGAGGAGCCUUUGUCUCAUCACAAGGUGGUGUGAUGGGUGCUUCCUUAACCCUUAGCUGCUGGGGUAACAAGCCAACAGAUAAAGCGUCCAGGAGCUGAUCGCCUGGUGCCCCAGCCCCGGGAAGGACAGGCUGCCUGAGGGGGAUAAUGAUUUCUGCUGGGUCUCUAAAUUGAGGGGACAGCUAAAGCCCAACGCUCUUCUAAGAGAGGUUAGAAUUUCAUCAGAAAGCAAGUCUGGUCACAUGAGAAUUUCUGGCACUGUGUGCAUGGCAGGCUGGACACGAGCCUGCCAGAAUUGAACGAGUGGAUCGUAUCGGCUUCCGCGGAGGGGAAAAGUCCCAGGCUGGCCUGCGAGAAGGAGCGAGCCACUCACUCCCCCGGCCGGCCACCGGACUGCGGGCAGGAGCAGCAGAGCUGCCGCGGCGGGGCUGGGGCUCUGACGCCCGAGCCCCAUUUCUUUUAGCCACCCCCCCCCCGAAAAGUGUGUGGUCCAGGGACUGGACACUGAAAGAUGCCUAAGGAAUGCAAUGCCUUCCACGCCCUGUCGGCAGCCCUGUGCUGCUUCUACCACCGCAGGUCAUUCCUUGGAGCCAAGUUCUCCAAGGAGCGGCACGUCAUGGACAGGACCCCGGAGAGGCUGAAGAAGGAGCUGGAGGAGGAGCUGCUGCUGAGCGGCGAGGACCUGCGAAGCCACGCCUGGUACCAUGGACGCAUCCCCCGCCAGGUGUCGGAAAACCUCGUGCAGCGAGAUGGCGACUUCCUGGUUCGGGACUCUCUGUCCAGCCCCGGCAACUUCGUCCUGACCUGUCAGUGGAAGAAUCUGGCUCAGCACUUCAAGAUCCACCGCACGGUGCUGCGGCUCAGCGAGGCCUACAGCCGUGUGCAGUACCAGUUCGAGAGGGAGAGCUUCGACUCCAUCCCUGGCCUGGUGCGCUGCUACGUGGGCAACCGCCGGCCCAUCUCCCAGCAGAGCGGGGCCAUCAUCUUCCAGCCCAUCAACAGGACGGUGCCCCUGCGCUGCCUGGAGGAGCGCUACGGCACGUCCCCGGGCCGGGCGCGGGACGCCAGCCUCGCCGACGGCAGGCCGGACGUGGCCAAGAUGCUGAGCCUCACCGUGGGCGGCGUGCAGGCCCGGGAGCAGAGCUCGCCCAGGGGAACCCUCCUCAGAAAUAAAGAGAAGAGCGGUAGCCAGCCAGCCUGCCUGGAUCACAUGCAGGACAGAAGAGCCUUAUCUCUCAAAGCGCACCAGUCGGAAAGUUACCUGCCUCUUGGCUGUAAGCUGCCCCCUCAGUCCCGAGGGGUGGACACAAGCCCCCGCCCAAACUCACCCGUUUUCAGGACGGGCAGUGAGCCCACCCUGAGCCCGGCAUUGGUUCAGAGGGUCUCCUCGGACACUAGGGCAGGGGAGGCCCUGAGGGGCUCAGACAGCCAGCUGUGCCCCAAGCCGCCCCCCAAACCCUGCAAGGCAUCCUUCCUCAAGGCUCCCCUGUCUCCGUCCCCCUGGCUCAACUCAGAGGCCAACUACUGUGAACUGAACCCAGACUUCGCGGCCGGCUGUGACCAGGGAGCGGGGCCGCCCCUCUGUGCCCAGGACAGCUACGUGGAGCUGCUAACAGCUAAGCAGAAUGGGGUGCCGGGUCCCCGGAACUCCGGCACCAACUACUUGAUCCUCGAUGAUGACGGGGCAGGGCCCUGGGAGGUGCCGGCCGUGCAGAUGGACCAGGGGCCGAAGGAGGAUGAGGCCGAGUUCGUGCUGCCCCGUCUGGAGACUGUCUCCUCAUUCCGACCCAACGACUUUGAAUCGAAGCUGCUUCCUCCUGAGAACAAGCCCCUGGAAACAGCAAUGCUGAAGCGGGCAAAAGAGCUGUUCACUAAGCAUGACCCCAAGGUCAUCGCCCAGCACAUGCUGAGCACAGACUGCGUGGUCGCUCGGAUACUUGAAGUCUCGGAAGAGAUGCGGAAGAGCAUGGGCGUGAGCUCGGGCCUGGAACUCAUUACCUUGCCUUAUGGCCGCCAGCUGCGCCUGGACAUAAUUGAAAGACACAACACGAUGGCCAUCUGCAUUGCAGUGGACAUUCUGGGCUGCACGGGCACUCUGGAGGACCGAGCGGCCACCCUCAACAGGAUCAUCCAGGUGGCAGUGGAACUGAAAGACUCCAUGGGGGACCUCUAUUCUUUCUCAGCCAUUAUGAAAGCCCUGGAAAUGCCACAGAUCACAAGGUUAGAGAAAAUGUGGACUGCCCUGAGGCACCAGUACACCCAAACCGCCAUCCUCUAUGAGAAACAGCUGAAGCCUUUCAGCAAGAUCCUGCAUGAAGGCAGAGAGUCUAUGUGUGUUCCCCCCAACAAAAUAUCAGUCCCACUACUGAUGCCUCUUGUGACCCUGAUGGAGCGCCAGGCUGUCACUUUUGAAGGAACUGACAUGUGGGAAAAAAAUGACGAAAGCUGUGAGAUUAUGCUGAACCACUUGGCCACAGCCCGGCUCAUGGCAGAAACUGCAGACAGCUACCGGAUGAAUGCUGAGAGGAUCCUGGAAGGUUUUCAACCAGAUGAAGAAAUGAGUGAAAUCUUCAAGACUGAAUUUCAAAUGCGAUUGCUAUGGGGCAGUAAAGGGGCACAAGUGAAUCAGACAGACAGAUAUGAGAAAUUCAACCAGAUUUUAACUGCCCUCUCACGUAAAUUGGAGCCUCCUCCUGUAAAGCAGGCAGAGCUUUGAUAACUCUCCAGAGAAACUUAGGAUAUUAAUUGAAGCUUCUCCAGUUUCUUCUUUGGGAAGGCUUAUCAUUUGAUAAAGUAAUGUGCAAAUCUGACUGUGUACAAGCUUUUAGUAUCCACAGGAUAUUAAACAUGUAAAUUGCACAGAGCACACUUAUUUAUGAAUUGUUUAAAAUUACUACUGAUUUUAAAAUGAAGAUAAUUUAUUAUGAAGGUAACUAUUGCUAAUGUUGAUCAGCAAAUUUAAGAGAAGACCUAGCUAUGUUGGCGGGUUGCUUUCUUUUUCUGAGGUAUUUGACCAUUUUAGUCUAUAUUCCUUGUCAGAUAAGUGUAAAUAGGAAAGACUUUAAAAGCAUGAAACAUUAUGGAAGGUAUCAGUUGUAUGAUAUUCUUUAAAUAUGAGAAAUGUAAAUAGUCAUAUGAAAAUAUAUCUUUUUGUGAAA